AUGGCAACUAUAUAUACCUCAGACUUAAAGCAUCAUAGGAGAGCUCCACCUCCACCUCCAACUAAUAAUCUUCUGGGAAACACGUCAUUCAAUACUACAGCUUCAACUGUAUCAUCUGGUGAUAUCAAGAUAAAUUCAAAUAAACGUUUAACUGGCUGGGUACAUGUAAAAGACGAUGGUUUAUUCACUUCAUUCAGAUGGAAUAAAAGAUUCCUUGUCAUCAAUGAUAAGACAUUGAUGCUUUAUAAAAAUGAACCAACGGAUAAUAUUGAAGCCGAUUUAUCAUUCCCAUUAAAUCUUAUUAAUAAUAUCAAUCUAAAACCAAACUAUGGUUAUACGAAAUCAUGUCAAUCAUUUGAAAUUAAUCUUAAAAACAACAACAAACCAGUCAUAAUAUCUUUGAAAUCAAAUAAUGAUUAUCUUAAUUGGUUAGAUAUCUUCACCCUCAAAUGUCCAUUAAUCCAAAUUGGACAACCUCUGAGUUUAUCGACGGCAACUGGUGGGAAUUCAAGUGUUUCUUCCCCAAUUAACUUCACCCAUAAAGUACAUGUUGGAUUUGAUCCCGCAAGUGGUAAUUUUACUGGAUUACCCGAUACUUGGAAAAAUUUAUUACAACAUUCAAAAAUUACAAAUGAAGAUUGGAAAAAGGAUCCAGUAGCAGUGAUCGAAGUAUUGGAAUUUUAUUCAGAUAUUAAUGGUGGAUCAAAUGGAGGAACUCCUAUGAGUUCACCUUUAUUAAAUGGAAACGCUCUAGCUCAAAAAGGAGCAUUAAUAAAUAACAACAACAGUGACAAUCUUCAACAAUGGACUAAAGCUCCUUCCAAAUCCUCUCAAUUCAAACCUUCAAGAGCUGCUCCAAAACCGCCUACUCCAUAUCAUUUGUCUAAUUCAACUAACACUGAAAAGACAAUCUCACCCUUGAAUAAUUUGAUGAAUACAACCAACCUGAAACAGGAAUUAGUGCCCACUAGAAGAGCACCAGCCCCACCUGGCUCUCAAUUAAACAACACUCCAUUCUCUCCGACUAAUGCCACUAUGCCAAUUCCAAAGCAAACUCCUCCAGUAUUGCCAACUUCUGCAUCAUUUAAUACUACCCCAACAAAAUCUAAGGCUCCAGUAUUGAAUAAUAAAUACCCUAAUAAUGGUCAAUCCCAACCAGCUCCUCCUCAAUCUAAUGGAUUUAAACCAUUCCCAUUACAACCUCAAAAGCAACACCAACAACAACAGCAUCAGCAACAACAACAACAGCGACCACCCCAAGCUCAAAUGCAACAGCAGACCCAACCAAAACCACAACAGGCAUUUAAUCCAUACAAUCAAUCAUCUAUCCCCACGGGGCCCACAGGUGCAUCGCAUUCAGUUACAAAGCCAUUAAGUGUCGAGCAUAAACAUUACCAACCACCUCAAACAUCCACAACAUCAUCAUCAUCCUCCGUCAAACCAUCUAACAAACUUAAUGCCACUGGACCUGCACCUGUAAAGAGUGCCAAACAAAUCAAGAAAGAACGAGAAAGAUUGAAUGAUCUUCAAGUGAUAUCCAAAUUAAAAACAGUGGUGAAUCCAGAAGAUCCAACCCCAUUAUUCAACAUUAUUGAAAAAGCAGGACAAGGUGCCAGUGGGAAUGUCUAUCUUGCAGAAAAGAAAUCUACUGGUGAAAAAGUUGCCAUUAAACAAAUGGAUCUUAAUCUUCAACCAAGAAAAGAACUAAUCAUUAAUGAAAUCUUAGUCAUGAAAGACAGUUUGCAUCCCAAUAUUGUGAAUUUCUUGGAUAGUUAUCUUAGAAAAGAUAAUGAUUUAUGGGUUAUUAUGGAAUAUAUGGAAGGUGGAUCCUUGACUGAAAUUAUCGAAAAUAAUGAAUUUAAAUUAAGUGAAAAACAUAUUGCUACAAUUUGUUUCGAAACCUUAAAAGGAUUACAGCAUCUUCAUAAAAAACACAUCAUUCAUCGUGAUAUCAAAUCGGAUAAUGUCUUACUUGAUGCUAGAGGAAAUGUAAAAAUUACCGAUUUCGGAUUCUGUGCCAAAUUAACUGAUCAAAGAAACAAAAGAGCAACAAUGGUAGGUACACCAUAUUGGAUGGCCCCCGAAGUGGUUAAACAAAAGGAAUAUGACGAAAAAGUCGACGUUUGGUCAUUGGGUAUCAUGACAAUCGAGAUGAUUGAAGGAGAACCACCAUAUUUGAAUGAAGAACCAUUGAAAGCAUUAUAUUUGAUUGCCACCAAUGGGACACCGAAAUUGAAAAAACCGGAAUUGUUAUCUAAUAGUAUUAAAAAAUUCUUAUCGAUUUGUUUAUGCGUCGAUGUUAAAUAUAGGGCAAGUACUGAAGAAUUGUUGCAACAUUCAUUUAUACAACAUAAAGCUGGUGAUGUUAAAGAGUUGGCACCUUUGUUAGAAUGGAAGAAGAUGGCUUCGGAUGAAUCAGUUUGA